CCGGCCAUCUUGCACCCAUGCAGCCUUCAGGGCGCCCUGCUGCCCAGCUCAGGGAGGGGGUGCUGGGGGGGUUUGGCGGAGGGCUGGUCCCUGAGCCCUAUGACAGCUUCAUGCGCUGCCACCUGCGCUACUACGGCUACUUCCGAGGCCUGAAGACGGGUGGGCGGAAGAGCCCCGCGUCCCCAGGGGGUCCCUCUGAGCAACACGCCGCCGAGGCACCCAGCAUGGGCAGCGCCGACCCCUGCUGCCUGCGGGGUCCUGGGCAGGAGCCGAGCCCCCCUGGGGUGCUGGAGCCAGCCCCCCACCAGGACACGCUGGUCCCCUCACUGCGGCACCGCAGGUCCCUGGGUGAGCCGCGGGCUCUCUUCGCCCUUCCCUCGGCGCAGGGAUCCCUGCCCGCUCCCCGCUGGCCUGUUGAGUGUGAAGUCAUCAAGGAGACGAUCGAGCACAUUGAGUGGGUCCCCCCUGAGCCAGAGCCCUUCUGCCAGCCCACGGGCCACGAGUGGGCCCCAGCCCCCCUCGGCAAGGAGCAGGGCACAGUCAUCUACCACCUCAGCCCAGCACCCCAAGGCUCCUGCUUCACCCGCGCUCGGGUCGGGGGGGCCCCGGGCCCCCUCUCCUCACCGGCAGCCCCCUUGGAGGGUCCCCAGGACACCACGCUGCUCUUUGAAUCCCGCUUCGAGAGCGGCAACCUCCAGAAAGCUGUCAAGGUAGGCCCCUACGAGUACGUGCUGACGCUGCGGCCGGACCUGUACACCACCAAGCACACCCAGUGGUUCUACUUCCGCGUCCAAAACACCCGGCGAGACCCUCUCUACUGCUUCACCAUCGCCAAUCUAGCGAAGCCCAAGAGCCUCUACAGCGACGGCAUGCGCCCGCUGUUCUACUCCCAGCAGGACGCCCAGAGCCACGGCAUCGGCUGGCGCCGGGUCGGGACCAACAUCCGCUACUACCGGGGUGGCGGUGGGGAAGAGCCGACUGCCUUCUGCCUCUCCUGGACGAUGCGCUUCCCCCACGACGGUGACACCUGCUUCUUCGCCCACUCCUACCCCUACACCUACUCUGACCUGCAGCGUUACCUGCGGGCGGUGGCGGGCGACCCGGUGCGCUCACAGUACUGCAUGGUGCGGGCGCUGUGCCGCAGCCUGGCCGGUAACACCGUCUACCUGCUGACCAUCACCAGCCCUGCCGGCACGGCAGCCAAACGGGCGGUGGUGCUGAGCGCCCGUGCACAUCCCGGGGAGAGUGGCAGCUCCUGGGCCAUGCAGGGCUUCCUCGACUUCCUCCUCAGCACCCACGCCGAUGCCCGGCUCCUGCGCCGGCUCUUUGUCUUCAAGGUGGUGCCCAUGCUCAACCCCGACGGGGUGGUGGUGGGCAACUCCCGCUGCUCCCUGGUGGGCCGCGACCCCAACAGGGCUUAUGGGACGGCGCUCUGCGGCUCCUUUCCUGGCGUGUGGCACCUGCGGGCCAUGGUCGAGAGGGUGCUGGCGGAGCGGGAGGUGGUGCUGUACUGCGACUUCCACGGACACAGCCGGAAGAACAAUGUCUUCAUGUACGGCUGUGAUGGUGGCAGGGCUGGAGCCGAGUUGAGGCUGCAUCAGCGCGUCUUCCCCCUGAUGCUGAGCAAAAACGCCCCUGACAAGUUCUCCUUCCCCAGCUGCAAGUUUAAGGUGCAGAAGAGCAAAGCGGGGACGGGCAGGGUCGUCAUGUGGCGCAUGGGCGUCUCCAACAGCUACACCAUGGAGGCGGCCUUCGGUGGCUCCACGCUGGGUGAGGGGCCGCCGCGGGUGACGGUGUCAGGCGUGUCAGCAGGCGCGUGUUCUGGGUUGGGAAGCUGCCGCUUGUAUUGUUGUCCCCUGUCCCCUCCAGGUGGGAGGAGCUCGCACUUCACCGUGGAGGAUCUCAAGUCACUGGGCUACCACCUCUGCGACACCCUGCUCGACUUCUGCGACCCCGAUCCCACCAAGUUCCAGCAGUGCCUGUCGGAGGUGGACGCGCUGCUGCGGCAGCGGCUGGGCCGGGAGCUGGGAUCUGGUGGCAGCUGGAGCGACGUGUCCCCCUCGGAGCUCGAGUCCAGCACCAGCGGCUCUGACAGCUCCGUGUCUGACGAGCCCCCGGCCCAUCUCCAUGGCCCAGCCUGGCCGCUGGAGCAACAGAGGAAGAAGCAUCUGAGGAGCCGGAGAGCGAGGAAUGCCCUGCGUCGGCCAAAUGCCAUCUACCAGAGCCAUGCCAGCGUCCCAGCCAGGCCAGGGCCCUCCAGGACCCGCAGGCAGCCGGCUCCCCUCAGCACCUCCAGGCGAGGCAGAACAGCAGGAGAGGAGCCCGGAGCCAGCUCCAGCGUGACCGUUCCUAGCAGAGCUGGAGCAGGGGCUGGCCGCCACGCCGCCAUGGGGAGGUCUCAGCCGGACAGUGGCACAAGCACAGUGUCACGCCAUCGGCUGUCGCUGACCACCUGCCACCCCAGUGUCACCGGUGAUUCCUUACAGGACACAGCCCUGGGAGCCAAAACAGGGCUGUCCCGGCAGCAGGGUGGGCGGCGGGGUGGGCAGGUGGCCGCUACCCGCAGGCACAAGGUGCGUCCCCACCUCACCGCCCCUGGCAGGGCCUUGGCGCCCACCACCCGGCGCUGCUGCGCCUGUGCUCGGGAUUAAAGGUGGUGCCGUGGCCGGGCCUCUGCGUGGUGACGCCUGGUUUUGUCACGCCGCCUGGCCCUGCAGUGCACAGCCCCGGGGGGUCACCCUGCACCGGGGUGGGGGACAGGGCCCCUGGCCUUCUCCUCGCUCCCCACCCCUCCGGCCUGCCCUGAAGCUGCUGGCCCCAGGCCCUGCAGGCUCCUUUGGUGUCACAGGCCCCAUCGCCGUGAUGUCACCUCAGGCCCGGUCGCCG